CCCAUUUCUGAGUUGACCAGCACACAUUCCACAGACCUGCAAGGACUCUCGAUGAAACUUAAAACUAUUCUUGGAGACAUGAAGAGCUUACAGAACAAUCAGGAGGCCAGUAUGCAGACGUUGCAGGGAUCAUACACUGACCAUGAGGGGUCUGUGAUACAACAGCUGUGUCUGAAUAUAAAUACCACUGUGGAUGCAUUUGCUGAUAGUACUGUGAGCUUGUCUGAUGAAAAUGAACAAUAUAUUAAAGCAGAAUUGUGUAGAAAUGUUAAUUCCAUCUUGAAUGCAUUUGAUAAUAGAUCUGUGAAAGAACUUAGCCACAUGAAUGAUGCAGUUAUUAGCAUAAAAGGUUCCAUUACAAACUCCAUUAAUAAAUGCAUUAGUCUUCAGAAUGACUUAACACAAUUCUAUAAAAUCAUUCAUAAAAUAGGGGAUAAUAAGGAGCUCCUUCUUAUAGCUAGUAUGAAAUGUGGGCAAAAAUUACGACAGGCGUUGGCAGUGCUGGGAAAGUCAGACAAUGUUUUUUCUGUACUAGGGAAAUCUGAGCACAAUGUCAGAAUACCAGUGAUUCGGAUUCAACUCAAUGCAGGAUCAUAGCUAUAUGUGCUCUCCCAGAUGGGCAGUUCCUUGUUGCAGACAACAUUAAUAAGAAAGUCAAGCUUCUGAACAAGCAGUACCAGGUGGUGAGUCACUUGGGUGUGACUGCUCUUCCACUGGACAUGUGUCAAAUCACACCCAGUGAGGUUGCUGUGAUUGUGAAUGAUGUUAACACACAUGAGGUCCAGUUUAUCACGGUCAAGCAGAGCCUGCUUGUUCCAGAAAGGAAGUUUCAGUUAAAACAUGCAUGUACAGGUAUUGCCCACAACCAGGGGGACCUGUUCAUUGCCUCUGGUGAAGCACUGUUCAAGUACACAUUGUGUGGAAAACAGGUCUGCAGACUGUAUGAGGAUGUAUCAUAUGAAAAGACAGUAGAAAAGUGUGCUGUGAGUCCCACAGGUGACAAGCUGUACAUUGCCAGCUACUGGCAGAACAAGCUCCUCACCCUGGCCAGGGAUGGAACACUCCUGGCUAUAUUGACAGACCAAAAUCUAGGAGAGCCAUCUGGUCUACAUGUUACCCCUGCAGGCCAAGUGCUGGUCUGUGGAUGGAUGUCCCACACUAUACUACAGGUGGACGGGGAGGGGAGGAGAAAGCUGACCAUUCUGGCUAAAGGGGAGAGGGAUGGAGUGGAGGACCCAGAGUCAGUCUGCUUCAGCAGCACCACAUCGUCCAUCAUUGUAGGACAGUCGAGGGACAACAUCCUGGUCUUCAAAGUGGAAUAGUGUGUACAUGUCCCAUUAAGAUGAGCAGUCAACAACAGCAGCAGCAACAACUGUCUAGUCAGCAGCAGCAGCAACAGCUGUCUAGUCAGCUGCAGCAGCAACUGUCUAGUCCACAACAUCAGCAUCAACAACUGUCUCAUCAACACCGUCAGCAGCUUCAACAACAAUUCUUAAGUCAACAGCAGCAGAAUCAGCAACACUUUUCCAGUCAACAACAGCAGCAGCAAAGUUAACAGCAUCUGAAGCAUUUCCCACAGCAGUAACAACAAUCCAGUUGAAAGCAGCAGUAGCAGCAACACUCUCUAGUCAACAACAUCAGCUACAACAAAAACUGUCCAGUCAACAACAACACCAGCAGCAGAAACAACAGUUCAGUCAAAAUCAGCAGCCACAACAACUGUUUAGUCAACAACAGCAGUAGCAGCAACAACUGUCCUGUCAACAAUAGCAUUAGCAGCAACAACUGUCAAGUUAGCAGCAGCAGCAGCAACAAUUCUUAUAGAAGCUACAACUCCCUGUCAAAAGUAUCAGUAGCACUAACUACUCUCCAGUCAACAACAUCAGCUACAACUAAAGCUAUCCAGUCAACAAC